UCUUGAGACACGAGCCGUGGAAAUUAUUCAGGCCAACGGAGCAAAAACUGUACGACUUUCUGUUUAUAUUUAUAAUUAUUUGUCCGAGUUAUGCUGCAUUAGACUUGUUUCUUCCCAAUCCUUUUUCCAAGAUGUCAUCCACCAAAUUCUCGGGUACUCUGAAAGAGCUCCAGGUCACAGAAUCCUCUGUUGCCUCUAGCCCUAGUCUUUCGGCUCAGGAUGAGAAGCACCUUGCCACACCAUCUUCAGACUCUAUCAACCUUGAGAGCCAAAUUCCCAAACCACCACCAUACCAUGUGUUCUCUCGGUCCCGCAAAAUACAGAUGGUCUACAUUGUUUCUCUCGCUGCCAUCUUCUCCCCUCUAUCUUCUAAUAUUUACUUCCCCGCCUUGGGGCUUAUAUCAAAGGAGCUAGACGUCUCCAUGUCACUUACGACUUUGACGGUCACCGUGUAUAUGAUUGUACAAGGACUCGCCCCUAGCUUCUGGGGCUCAUUCUCCGACGUCAUUGGUCGCCGCGCGAUCUUUAUCGGAACUUUUGCUGUCUACAUCAUCGCCAAUAUUGCGCUUGGUGUCUCAAACAAUUAUAGGGAGCUUAUGGCUUUUCGGGCUCUACAAGCUGCCGGUAGUGCGGCAACAAUCUCAAUUGGUGCGGGUGUUAUUGGAGACAUCACCACAUCAGCUGAGAGAGGAAGCUUGGUUGGAGUCUUCGGCGGUGUCCGUAUGCUUGGUCAAGGAAUUGGUCCGGUAUUCGGAGGCAUUCUAUCUCAGUAUUUGGGCUACAGGUCCAUCUUUUGGUUCCUUGCUAUUCUCUCCGGAUUCAGUCUAUUGUCCAUUCUCUUCUUCCUCCCCGAGACCCUCCGUACCGUCGCCGGUAAUGGCACCGUCCCUCUUCACGGCAUCUACAAACCUUGGAUUUAUUGUAUCACUGGUCAGGAGCAUGCCAAGGAAGGUGCAGUGCCAUCUGCAGAAAAGAAAAAGAUUACUAUCAAGACGGUGGUAGCCCCCCUCGGCUUCUUGGGCGAGAAGGACGUCUUUAUCACUUUGUUCUUCGGUGCGAUCGUCUACACAGUCUGGUCAAUGGUGACCUCGUCGACAUCGGAUUUAUUCGAAUCCACUUACGGUCUGAACACAUUGGAGGUUGGUUUGACCUUCUUGGGCAAUGGCUUUGGUUGCAUGUCUGGAUCGUACACUAUCGGCUACCUAAUGGAUUUCAACCACAAGAGAACCGAGCGCGAAUACUGCGUCAAACACAACCUCCCCCUCGACACCCGCAUCACAACCAAGACACAUCCGGACUUCCCAAUCGAGUACGCCCGCAUGCGCAACACUUGGUGGAUCACAGCCCUCUUCAUCGUGUGCACAGCCGUGUAUGGCGUCUCACUUCAAACCAACCUCGCGGUUCCAGUCAUUCUCCAAUAUAUCCUUGCUUAUUGUGCCACUGCAAUUUUCACCAUCAACAGCGCCCUUGUCAUCGACCUCUACCCCGGAGCGAGUGCCAGCGCGACUGCAGUCAACAAUCUCAUGCGAUGCUUAGUCGGUGCAGCCGGUGUUGCUGCUAUUCAGCCAAUCAUCGAUGCCCUCACAGCUCAAUGGGCUUUCUUGCUGCUCUCUGGCAUCACGCUACUCAUGGUUCCUUUGCUAGCGGUCGAGAUGCGAUGGGGUGCAGGAUGGCGACAUGAGCGCACCGAGCGACUGGCAAGAAAAAAUGGAUCUUCCUAAGUCGGCGAUCUGAAAUUUUGACCAAACACAUUAUCAAAAAAUCACUCGACUUUGAUGCUUGACUCUGAUGGGAAAUCGUUCUCUUCAACAGGAGAAAGGGACUGGACUGGGAAGGGAUAGAACAAUAGACCGGGUAUUGGGGCUUUCACGACAUAACGACUUGGGCUUCAGCGUGUCUUCGCGGUACAUAUAUAGAUUUUGCUUCUCUGAUACUUAUAUUUCUUGGAUUGUGCUUGUCUCGAUCAAGCUGCUUGUUGUAUAUAGAUCGUGUGUUCUUCGGCUAUGUCGAGUCAAGAAUAAUAUGUUAUCCCUUAUUA